AUGGAAGCCAGUGCCGGACUUGUCGCCGGCUCUCACAACCGCAACGAGCUCGUCGUUAUUCAUGGCCAUGAAGAGCCAAAGCCAUUGAAGAACUUGGAUGGUCAAGUUUGUGAGAUAUGUGGUGAUGAGAUAGGGGUAACAGUGGAUGGAGAUUUGUUCGUUGCUUGCAAUGAGUGUGGUUUUCCUGUGUGUAGGCCUUGUUAUGAGUAUGAAAGAAGAGAAGGGACUCAAGUUUGUCCCCAGUGCAAAACUAGAUACAAGCGUCUCAAGGGAAGCCCGAGAGUGGAGGGAGACGAUGAGGAAGAGGAUGUGGAUGAUAUUGAGCAUGAGUUCAACAUUGAAGAUGAGCAAGACAAGAACAAACAUCUUACAGAAGCUAUGCUUUAUGGGAAGAUGACUUACGGAAGAGGCCGUGACGAUGAGGAAAUGAUCAAUAGUCAAUUCCCACCUGUUAUCUCAGGCGGAGUUAGAUCAAGACCAGUGAGUGGAGAGUUUCCUGUUGGUUCUCAUGGAGAACAAAUGUUAGCUUCUUCACUUCAUAAAAGAGUGCAUCCAUAUCCAGUUUCUGAGCCUGGAAGUGCAAGAUGGGAUGAAAAGAAAGAGGGAGGGUGGAAAGAGAGGAUGGAUGAUUGGAAAUUGCAGCAAGGGAACUUGGGACCUGAACCAGAUGAUGAUCCAGAUGCAGCCAUGUUAGAUGAGACAAGGCAGCCAUUGUCUAGGAAAGUACCAAUUGCUUCAAGCAAGAUCAAUCCUUAUAGAAUGGUUAUUGUGGCUCGUCUUAUCAUAUUGGCAUUGUUUCUUCGGUAUAGACUUUUGAACCCUGUGCAUGACGCAAUUGGGCUCUGGCUGACAUCAGUCAUCUGUGAAAUUUGGUUUGCAAUUUCAUGGAUUCUUGAUCAGUUCCCCAAGUGGCUCCCAAUUGAUCGCGAAACGUACCUUGAUCGACUCUCUCUCAGAUAUGAGCGGGAAGGUGAGCCUAAUUUGCUUGCUGCGGUGGAUUUCUUCGUUAGUACUGUGGAUCCUAUGAAGGAACCUCCUCUUGUGACUGCAAAUACAAUUUUAUCAAUCUUAGCUGUGGACUACCCUGUAGAAAAGAUUUCAUGCUACCUAUCUGAUGAUGGUGCUUCAAUGUGCACCUUUGAAGCGAUGUCCGAAACUGCUGAAUUUGCUCGAAAAUGGGUACCAUUCUGCAAGAAAUUUAACAUAGAGCCUCGAGCCCCUGAAUUUUACUUCGCUUUGAAGGUGGAUUAUCUCAAAGACAAAGUCCAGCCAACUUUUGUUAAAGAACGUAGAGCUAUGAAGAGAGAAUAUGAAGAAUUUAAGGUUCGGAUAAAUGCAAUUGUAGCAAAAGCACAAAAAGUUCCUCCAGAAGGAUGGAUCAUGCAAGAUGGGACUCCAUGGCCUGGAAACAACACCAGGGAUCAUCCAGGUAUGAUUCAAGUGUUUCUAGGUCAUAGUGGAGGUCAUGAUGUUGAAGGAAAUGAGUUACCUCGCCUUGUUUAUGUGUCCCGUGAGAAGAGGCCUGGUUUUGCACACCACAAGAAAGCUGGUGCCAUGAAUGCCCUGAUUCGUGUCUCUGCGGUGCUUACAAAUGCUCCUUUCAUGCUGAACUUGGAUUGUGAUCACUAUAUCAAUAACAGCAAGGCUGUCAGGGAAGCCAUGUGUUUCUUGAUGGACCCUCAAAUUGGGAAGAAAGUUUGCUACGUACAAUUUCCUCAAAGAUUCGAUGGUAUCGAUAGACACGAUCGAUAUGCAAACAGAAACACAGUCUUCUUUGAUAUUAACAUGAAAGGUCUAGACGGAAUUCAGGGCCCAGUGUAUGUCGGGACAGGAUGUGUUUUCAGAAGGCAAGCGUUGUAUGGCUAUGAACCUCCAAAGGGUCCCAAGCGCCCAAAGAUGGUUAGCUGUGACUGCUGCCCAUGCUUUGGACGUCGUAAAAAGAAGCAAGCUAAGAAAGGUGCCAUUGGAGAAGGUGCAAACCUUGAAGGAAUGGAUGAUGACAAGCAGCUAUUAAUGUCCCAGAUGAAUUUUGAGAAGAAAUUUGGACAAUCAGCAAUUUUUGUUACUUCAACUUUAAUGGAAGAAGGUGGUGUUCCUCCUUCCUCGAGUCCUGCAGCUCUGCUAAAAGAAGCCAUUCAUGUGAUUAGUUGUGGCUAUGAGGACAAAACUGAAUGGGGAACUGAGUUGGGCUGGAUUUAUGGUUCAAUUACCGAGGAUAUCCUUACAGGUUUCAAGAUGCACUGUCGUGGCUGGAGGUCCAUCUACUGCAUGCCAAAGAGACCUGCAUUUAAGGGUUCAGCUCCCAUCAACUUGUCUGAUCGGCUGAACCAAGUGCUUCGGUGGGCUCUUGGUUCUGUUGAGAUCUUCUUUAGUCGCCACAGCCCUGUCUGGUAUGGCUACAAAGAAGGAAAGCUCAAGUGGCUUGAGAGAUUUGCAUAUGUUAAUACAACUAUCUAUCCUUUCACCUCCUUGCCACUUCUUGCCUACUGUACUCUCCCUGCAGUCUGCUUGCUGACUGAUAAAUUUAUCAUGCCAGAGAUAAGCACCUUUGCAAGUCUCUUCUUCAUUGCUUUGUUCAUUUCAAUCUUCUCAACGGGUAUCCUUGAGCUCAGAUGGAGCGGAGUAAGCAUCGAAGAAUGGUGGAGAAAUGAGCAAUUCUGGGUCAUUGGCGGUAUAUCAGCUCACCUUUUUGCUGUUGUGCAAGGUCUUCUGAAGGUUUUAGCUGGUAUUGAUACCAACUUCACUGUCACAUCCAAGGCAACUGAUGAUGAGGAUUUCGGAGAACUUUAUGCUUUUAAAUGGACAACCCUCUUGAUACCGCCAACUACCAUCUUAAUCAUCAACCUUGUGGGAGUUGUUGCUGGAGUCUCAGAUGCUAUAAACAAUGGAUACCAAUCGUGGGGGCCUCUAUUUGGGAAGCUCUUCUUUUCCUUCUGGGUCAUUGUUCAUCUUUACCCAUUCCUGAAAGGUCUAAUGGGACGACAAAACAGGACUCCGACAAUUGUUGUUAUCUGGUCUGUCCUCUUAGCUUCAAUCUUCUCCUUGCUUUGGGUUCGGAUAGACCCAUUUGUCAUGAAAACCAAGGGACCUGACACCAAGCAAUGUGGAAUCAACUGCUAAGAAGUUCAUAUUUUUUUACUUCUUUGAUGUGCACUUGGCUGGAAAUACAUGUACAUUAUUGCUUUUCACAAACAUAUGAUAUAUGAACACAACAUGGAGAUGCACAAAGAAUAAAAUUAGAGUGAAAAUUUUUGUGUAGCAAUUUGUAAUGUACCAACUACCAAGUUUUGUAAUGGAAUUGAAGAUUUGAUUCUUACAUAA